CCGUACAUGUGUUAUAAUGAAUGUGACGCUAACACCCCCGAGCUGGCACACCCACCUGAGCUGAUGCUGGAUGACGAGGGCCGCAUCCCUAACACCUUUUGGCAGAGUGUCUCCUGGAAGAGUUUCCCCAAACCACUGCUGGUCAACAUCACCCUGUCCUGGGGCAAGAGUAUUGAGCUGACUGAGGACAUCAUCAUCACCUUUGAAUCGGGUCGGCCGGAGCAGAUGGUCCUUGAGAAGUCCCUGGACCAUGGGCGGACAUGGCAGCCCUACCAGUUCUAUGCAGCUGAUUGCCUCAAUUCCUUUGGGAUGGAGCCGCGGAGGGCACGGGAGCUGAAGUCGGCCUCCGUGUUGGACAUAAUCUGCACAGAAGAGUAUUCCAGGGGCUACGUGUGGAAAUUGGACAAGAUGGUGCGCUUUGAGAUACAGGAGAGAUUUGCAUUGUUCGGUGGCCCCCGACUGCGGGACAUGGCCUCACUCUAUGGUCAGCUUGAUACCACCAAGGAGCUCAGGGACUUCUUCACACUGACUGACCUGCGGCUCAGGCUGCUGAGGCCCGCCACCGGUGCCACCAGUGUGGACCAGCAAAGGCUCUCCAAGUACUUCUACGCCAUCUCCAACCUGGACAUCCGCGGCCGCUGCAAGUGUAAUCUACACGCCAACAACUGCGUGGUGGAGAAGGGGAAGCUGACCUGCGAGUGUGAACACAACACGACUGGUCCCGACUGCGGACGGUGCAAAAAAGCGUUCCGAGGCCGGCCCUGGAGAGCAGGGUCCUACCUGCCCAUCCCCAAAGGCACGGCCAACAUCUGCAUCCCAGACACUGUCUCUAGUGUCCACUGUGAGUGUCACCCUGAUGGCUCUCUGCAUCGAGGCUGCAAUGACACGGGACAUUGUGACUGUAAGGAGGGUGCCACCGGGCCCAAGUGUGACCGAUGCCUGCCCGGAUAUCAUUGGCACCAGGGCUGUCGAGCGGGCGUGUGCGAUAAUUUGCUGAGGCGGUGCGAGAACGGCGGAGUGUGCGAGGACAACGGCAGGUGCCUUUGCCCUGCCCCAUACUCCGGACUCCUGUGUGAGAAAGGGCCAUGUGUAAAGGAAGCAGGAGGCUGUUCCUCACAGUCGCCACGGGACCCGCCCCUACACCGGGUGUUGCUGUCGCUGACUGCAUUGUUGACCGCCGCUAACGGGCGUCCGCCGCUCUGAGCGGCCCCUGCCGGGGGAGGUGGAGAGUGCGCCGAGGAUUCCAGUGUUGACCGUGUCGCCGUUCAACACGCUCCUCCCUCACUGUCCAGCCCCCACACACCUCUCCCCCACCCCCGGGAACCUCGUACCCUUGAGUGUAGCCAGACACAUCCCAGGCGCUGGAGACCAGAAUCGGGAAGAAUGUGCUCCUUCCCCGGGACUCCCCGGUUCCCGGGGGCCACACAACGGCUGGAAUAGGUUCUGCAACCUUCGGGUACCCGCCCCACACCCGCACCCAAACCUCGGAACGUGAGGAGGAACAGAUCUCGGAACCCCAUUCGGAAAGAGGGUUCUCCCACCUCUUACGCACCCGGUAUGGGAGGGAACCUGGCGGACAUAGCAAGAUCCCACGACCUGCCACGUGGAACGGCCGGGACAUCUUUUUAGCGGAGGAGGAAUAUUGGCCUUAGAACCGCUGGGAGAUCAUUUCAUUGGAACAUAAGCUGCAGAUGCUGGAAAUCUGAAAUAAAAGCAGACAAAAAGGCUGGAAAGUCUCAGCAGGUUGAGCAGCGUCUGUGGUGGGAGAAAACUGAUGUUUCUUGCCAAUGCUCUUUCGUCGGGACCUUGCACUGAGCUAAACCGCGUCCCUGGUGAAGGCUAGACUCUUCGCUCUGCACAGGGCAGAGACUCAGCAUGGAAUGCUCCCUCACUCUCCUCCGUCACUCAAUGCUUUGGGCUCCAACAUUUCUUCUGUCUCUCAAACCACAUCCCCUCCCCAACCAUCUCUAUCACCGCACAGGGGAAGAGGCAGGCAGCUCCUGCGAUACUGUACACCCGCACUCAAGGAGUGAUUUGGGGCGGGAGUUUACAGUGUCUUCCGGUCAGAACUUUGAGCGCAGUUGGGUAAAUCUGAUCUCUGGGUAACCGCUGCCCCACCCUUCCCGCCGUCUGGGACUGACACAGGGCAGUCGGCCCUAUGAUGAUGAACUGGUUUCUUGCGGUGGCGCUCGAUGCGGCCCAAUAGCGGCUUGUGCCGAUGGAUUUGCGUGGAUAUCCCGACCACACUGCUGAUCUGGACUGACUUGCCCACUCAGAACUGACGAGAUUCCGGCCCGGGACAGGAUCCCGAGACGCAGGAACCGCUGGGUAUUAUCUCCAGUUCUCCCGCUCCCCAGGGUGAACGGGCUUCUUCAGUAUCUCUCCGCAAAAGAUGAGGCACUCCUUGAACCCUGGCGCUGUCGGGGUAGCGCUCGCUCACCACGCCGCUCUGAGCAUCACAGACACAUCAGUGCGGCCGCCGAGAGCGCGGCGCUCCCUCAGUAAUGUACUUUCCAAGCGCGGCGCUCCCUCAGUACUGCCAGUCCAGUGUGACAGACUCUUAGUACCACCUCUCCCACAGUGUGACCCUCCCUCAGUACCUCCCCUCCCAAAGUGAGACCCUCCCCAUCAGUACCACCCCUCCCACAGUGUGACCCUCCCUCAGCACCACCACUCCCACAGUGUGACCCUCCCUCAGUACCACCCCUCCCACAGUCUGACCCUCUCUCAGUACCUCCCCUCCCAAAGUGAGACCCUCCCCAUCAGUACCACCCCUCCCACAGUGUGACCCUCCCUCAGCACCACCACUCCCACAGUGCCAGGCUCCCUCGGUACUACCCCCCGCCCCACAAUAUGACCGCCCCUCCCACCGUGUGACCCUCCCUCAGUACCACCACUCCCACAGUGUGACCCUCCCUCAGCACCACCACUCCCACAGUGCCAGGCUCCCUCGGUACUACCCCCCGCCCCACAAUAUGACCGCCCCUCCCACAGUGUUGACAGUUACCGUACCACCACUCCCACAGUGUGACCCUCCUUCAGUACCACCACUCCCACAGUGCCAGGCUCCCUCGGUACUACCCACCCCCCCCGCCCCACAAUAUGACCGCCCCUCCCACAGUGUUGACAGUUACCGUACCACCACUCCCACAGUGUGACCCACCUUCAGUACCACCACUCCCACAGUGCCAGGCUCCCUCGGUACUACCCACCCCCCCGCCCCACAAUAUGACCGCCCCUCCCACAGUGUUGACCGUUACCAUACCACGCUCCCACAGUGUAACCCUCCCUCAGUACCACCUCUCCCACAGUGUGACCCUCCCUCAGUACCUCCCCUCCCAAAGUGAGACCCUCCCCAUCAGUACCACCCCUCCCACAGUGUGACCCUCCCUCUGUACCACCACUACAACGGUGCGACUCUCUCUCAGUGCCAGGCUGCCUCAGUACUGCCCCUUUCACAGGGUGACGCUCCCUCAGUGCCACCCUUUCCACAGUGUGACCCUCCUUCGGGUCCACCCCCCCCCCCACACACACACACAGUGUGAACCUCCCAUAGUGCGCCCCACCCACAGAAUCACCGCCCCUCAGUCCCACAGUGCAGUGCUCCGUCAGUACUAUGCCACUGGCAGGAAUGCAUGAUCUCAGUACUGGAAGAGUUAACGGGGAUCUUCGGUCACAGGGAAAGGGUCGCCCACUGACCCCCAAACACUGCUCACUUGUCCCGGAGUUGACGGCUGGAAUCUUUUCCAGAAGAAAUUAGAUCAGACUUUAUUGCCUGAGUUCGGGUCCCACGGCGGCCGCUGAAAAUUUAAAAUUCUAAUAAUUCAAUAAACGUGGAAUUCAAAACAAAAGAUUCUAGCAGCCUCGCUGGUGAUGAAAGUGAUGUUGUCUAAAUAGGCCUUGUUCAAGUGUUUGACAAGAGCCCACACUGGAGAAUAUUUCGAAAUAUUGGUGCAGGCAAGUCGGAAAAUAGCAUCCAAAGUUGGCUUUCUGUGGCAUUGGGAACGGAGAGGUGAUUUAUGAUUGGAAACCCUUGACCUGCGGUGUGUCGGAAGAAUCGGUGUGGAAACUCUCUCCUUUGUGUUUUCUACAUUAAUAAU